AUGGAGUUCUUGUUAUUUCCCUCAUGCACAGAAAAUCAGGUACUGGAUGCAAUGGAGAAAUCUGACUUGAGUAAAAAACUAUGUAUGCGAAUGAGGUUGUGGGAAUUUCCUGAACAAUAUAUCAUUGAGCCUACAGAUGGCAGUUUAGAGACAUAUGUGGCCAUUAGUCGUGCGGAUGGGUCAGUGAACUUGAUUGGUAAGCUUCAAAGGAGAUGGCAACUUGUUAUCUGCUGCCACACCACUUCUUUUGUUAGAAAGUAAAUUUGAUUCCUUAGUCUUCGUUUGUGGGUUUUUAAUGUUAUUAUGAGAAAGAAUCAUAUACGAGGCAUAAGUUUUCGAAAACUUAAUGCAUAAAUGUAGGCCAUGCAGCUUAGUAAGGAGUAAUAUCUUUCUUCUCUGUGGAGAAAGGAAGAUAUAAAUAAAUGGUGGUUUCUCGGAGGAAUAAUAGGUUGACAGUAAAUUGAAGAAAUCUGAGUUUCUUAAUGAUGAGUCUGGUCUAGAAAAAAAAAAUAGUUUACAUCUUUUCCUACCGUGAAAAUUCUUGUAAAAGGUUUUCAGUUUUGAAAGGAAAAAUAACUUUGAACAAAAAUGGCUCGGUCUGUUUAUGGAAUUUUAAUACGUAUGUGAGUCCAUACGGUCUUGCAAGUGGUUCAGGUGGUAUUUCUUGUUUUACAGGUGAAAUUCCAGUAUCUGGCACCGUGACGUCACCCAAAGUCCGAUCAAUCUUUGGAGUUCUUGGAAUACUGAAGCUUGUAGUAGGCAAGUCCAGCAGUUUCUUCUUUAUUAUUUUAUGGACUACUUUCAUUCCUUUCCUUCUUCGACGAGUGGAAGGUGCUGCUGCAUCUUAAAAAGAAAAGAAGAACAUGAUAUAAUACUUCUGUUUUCUUUUAGGUGAAAUAUUGUUUUAAAUAACAUUGUUUCAAAAAGGAAAGUGCUAGACCAUAUGACCAUUUUAUUUGGGUCUGUGAUAAAUGAAAGGUUUCCACUACAUUAGCAUCCCAAUAUUCCCUGGAAAUUAUCCUAUCAGCUAUUAUUGACCACUUGUCAAUUUUCGGCCCAUUUUUUUGUUAUCCCAAAAUCCCUCGCUGGUGACUACCAUCAUUUGCUCAAACUGGAAAUAGUUUUGGAUUCUACGCUCCAAAAUGAAAAGACGCUAAUUUCAAUCAUCCAUAAUCUUGCAACGUGUUGAAAUACCAAAAGACGUUGAGGAUGUAACACACAUUUUUCAGGGAAAUUUCACGGGUAAAAAUUACAUCAUUGUUCUGAAAUGAAUACAAUUAAAACUUACCAGAGAAGCCAUAAAACAGACUAGGGAAAUCAUUUGACCUGGAAAUAUUGGUUAGAGCUUUCGAUUCUAAUUGCAGAAGACAGUUGGGAAAAAUGAAUGAAGACCUGUUUUUACCGUUUUUACUUAUGGGUCUGUGGAUAACAUCUUCAAUACUUAACCGAAUAGAAUGCCCUUAAAAACUAUUUUCAACUUACUAAAUACAUGCGAUGUCCACGAGACGAUUCUCCAAUUUUUUUCAGGCUUUCUAUUUUAUUAGGUCAUGGCUGAUUUUAGCUCUCUAUAGUGGGCAUUGUUUUGGUUGUCUAUAAAAAAUGAUUGCCUUAAUAUCAGAUGUUUAGAUAACUUCAGUUAAAUUCAAAAGGAGCCUCAGAAUCAGUCUAUAGUCUAGAACCUUUGUUGACUAGAAGAGGGAUGUGAGGUGUUCAAGUUUAUAUUGGAACGUUCUUUCAAUAUACGGGUUUCAUUUGUCUUCAUUACAGGGUAAUUUUGGAAUGGCUAGAAAAGGUGGCUGUUCUCAAGAAACAUUAAAAAAAAAGUAUGCUUUUUAGUUAUAUGAUUUAAGGCUGAUCUUGCUACUUAUUAGAAGGUUCAGUUCUCUCCUCAUAUGCACAUGUUAUGUAUUGUGAGGAAGGAGAAGAGGUUGAGGUUGGGGGGACAAGAUGCAAAGCGGGUGCCAGAGAGAUAGGGAUGGCUAGUUGAUAGAAUCAGUGGGGAAAGGGAUAAAAAGAGGAGUAGGAGAGGGGAACGAGGCAUUAACAGUUGUACCACUUGUAAGGGUCAGACAUGUCAAACUUCGUGGUGAUUGAAACUCAUUCUCCAUCUUCCUUGAUUAACAAAUGUAGACUUGCUCCCAUUCCUACAUGUAAGGUAGACUUUUGUAGCCUGUCCUUGCUCCCAUAUGUAAUACGCCAAAUAAUGCCAAAAGUCCCCUCUAAAUGUAUCGCCUAAUUUUUAAUUAUUGAAAUAAGGAGAAGGAUCUCUUGGCUGUUUAAAUAGAAAAAUGCUCCUAGUACCGUCCACUGAGACCGUCAAAAAAACUGAUCAUUUGAAAUCAGCUGUUGGUAUGAGACUGAUGCUUAAGCCAGUGAGGAUCAUAUACCUAAUUUAUCAAACCAUGUGUCGGUCUAUUUUUACGUUGUGAUUAAAAUAAAAAAAUAAUUCUUAAUUACGCGUAUUUUAAAAAUUUAAAAUUUAAGCAAUGGCCAUUUUGAUUAUAAAAAUGAUACUUUCCUAACGCUUUGUAGCUUGCAUUUGUUUAGUUUUUCUUCUUGAAUUUAACUGUGGAUGCAGCUCUGGGAAAAAAAAAUUAUUUUGCUCUGUGCUUUGUUAAACAGGAGGCUACUUGCUGGUGAUAACUGAGCGGGAAUGUGUUGGUUCAUACUUGGGCCAUCCAAUCUUCAAAGUUUCAUCCCUACAGAUUUUGCCAUGCAACAAUUCUCUACACACCUCCAAUGAGCAGGUCAAUUUUUUUUAUCAUGUUUAUUUUCCUUGUUAAGCACUGGUUCGCUAAAGUUUUUGAUGUUCCUGUAUUUUAACAGAAACAAUUGGAGCAUGAGUUUUCUAUGCUCUUAAAUGCUGCGGAGAGAACUUCUGGGUUAUACUUCUCCUAUGAUGUUAACCUGACACUAAGGUUUGUCGUAUAUUUGUGACUACUACCUUUCUGCAGCGCAUUUAUCUUUGCUGCUGGACUCUCUUCGGUUUUGUAUCCCUUUAUAGUUUAUAUUCCUUUGGAUAUAUUUAUUGCUGCAAUGUUGUUACUUAAAAAAUGGCUUUUCUUGCUCUUGAGUGGGGUAGGCCAUUGGAAGAUGUGAUACAGACCUCAAGAACAACAGAAUUUGUGCUGCCAUUUGCUUCCUUGCGUUUGAAUUUCUUAUAUGUUGUAUAUGAGUGCUAUUUCAAUCCUGUAUAAUGCACUAGAAUCAAUAUGAAUUAUUAUGAUAGUGCUGGAAAGAAAAAAAUCUUAAUUUCAGAUGUACAAAUCAGUCAUCAUUUGAAAUUAUCAAUUACUCAGUGACCUACCAACUGACAGGAUGUACAUCAACUCCUUGAAAAUGGUAAUUAAAUCGGCCAUGUUCCAUGGUUAAACAAAAUGUUAAAAUUGCCUAGAAUGAGAAUGUAAAGUGAAUGAAUGACAAUCGGUAAUGAUUAUAUUAGAAGGUAUGCGUGAAUCACGUGUGGAGAGAUAAAUAGGGUGUUCAGUUGUGUAUGUGACAUGAUCAAAGAGUGGAUAAUACUGAUUCGUAAUGACAAUGUACAAGAAUGUAUGAUUUUUGGCUCUUGGGUUAAUUGGAGUGGAUGAUACCAUCUUGAUGUGGUACAUUGGUAUUGUAAAGGGAUUCUUUGAGGGUCCAUGGAAAGAGGCAUCUGCAUCCUUCCCCUUUUUUAGUAUUUAAUCAUUACAUGGUACCUAUACAUAAAAAAUAAAUACGUAGAGAAUAAUCUUGAAAAUGCCACAGGUGGUUGUGCUCGUUAGACGAGGACUAUGAAUACAUCAAUACUCUGUGGUUUGCUUCAUUGGUGCUGGUUCACCAUCAGUUGCAGCAGGCGAUUUAGUUUUGAAAGAUCCAAUACCUGACAUGCAUAGGGCAUUGCCUAGUAACGUAUGAACUUGUUAUCAAGGGGUUAUGAAUAUAGAAUAUUGUUGGAUAAAGAAAAAUCUGCCCAAACCUACUCUGAUUAGAAUAAGCUCAGGUUCGAUUCCAGUCUAGCAUCAACCGUGUUUUUGGGCAUCAUUCAGGUUUGCGGCGAAUAUUUUUAAAAUACUUACGUAGACAGAUAAAAAGUGUCAGCUCAUGUACACGGCUGAAUAAAAUGAAAUAAAGCACAACGCCGAUAAUUUUAGUAGGUUACUGUUUUUGCUAUUAGGUUUAUGUCUUCAACAUGUAUCAACUUGCUGUUGCUGCGCUGCUCAAAGGGGCCAGGUCAGACCAGCAUACUGGGUUCUGUUAUGGAGAAAUUUUUUUGGAUUUGGAUUCUACCACAUAAGAAUUAUAUUGUAACAUAUAAAAUCUCGGAUUCUCUUUUGAAAAACCAUUACUAGAUGUCCUUCGAGUAUCAUAGUAUAUGUAAUUAUAUUAACAUUCACGAUAAAGCAAAAGUAAGGCCAUUCCAUUUCGACGAAAGCCCAAACCCAAGUUCCCUAGCUCUAUCCUGAUCAUGAUUUUCCUACCCUCAUAGGUAAAGGACCUAAGGAUUCGAACCCCUGUCACCAUUGUUUGCAGUCACAUGGUCUAACCCUCUGAGCUACAGGCCCUGCGCUGUCUCCACCCAAUCUGUUCACAGGAGUACCCUCAAAAAGGAAUUCUUAUAUAGAGAAAGGCACUUUUUCAUCUUAUCUUAACUUGAAAGAAGAUUUUGAGGAGGAAGAGACAAAAGAAAGAGAGAAAAAAAAAGUAAAAAAAAGUAAAAAAUUGAACGUACAACAAUAUCAGGAACUUGAUGUAGCAUUAUACUUUAUAAAGGAAUUCGUUGUUCCUGACACUGCUUCACCUUAAUUGUGGCAGUGCUAUAUGCUAUGGGUCUCAGAGAACGUAAAAUUGUGAAAAUAUUCAUAUCAUGCAGACGGUAGAAUGAGUGACAUUGUUGCAGUCUAAAUUUUUGGUAGAGGCAGGCUCUGGCAUAUCAGACUGCAGGCCCGAGACCGUUGCCAAAAGUUUCUUGUUCACAAUUUCACCUCUUUGCUGGCCUGUCUUUCAAGUAUUUAUCACAAAAGAUAGGGCUUGAUCUUCAUCUGAAAAUUGACCGAAAAAUGCUUGCUUUAUUUUAGUUUAAAUAAAAAUUGAUGUUACCUCUAUUUCUGACAUUUGUUUUUUGAUUUUUGUGAAAGUAGACUCGAGUUUUUUCUUGAAUCUGGCUUCUUUUUUGCUUGUAUCUUUCUAUCCUUACCGCUUGUUUAUAGAAAUUCAGUUACCAAUUAGUCUCUUCUGAUCGUGUAUCACAGCUUUCAAAGAUUACAUGCUUUAGACCAGGAAUCGAAACUACUUCCUCUUUGGAGACAGGUGCAAUAGUGUAUAGCUAACUUGAUUGUCAUUCUUUUUUACAUAUAUUCUUUUCGAGGACGGUUGCUUAUUUUCCUUUAGCUCAUCAUAGGUCAUGUCACUAAAGAAACUUGCUACUUUGAUAAAUUACGCGCAGUACAAUGUUCAACGGUUCUGGCCGAGAAUCAACUGAUGAGCAUGUUAAACAUCAUCUAAGGUUGAUUAAGUUUUCUAGAAGAAAAGCAAUGUCCAGCCGUAUCCACUGUAUUAGUGUAAAGUUCAUUAGUUAAAAUGCCUUCAGAUUAGUGAUUUUUGAUACGAUAUAUACUGUUUUCUUCUAUGUGGCAAGUAUAUAUUAUUAACUGUACAUUUUUUGUGUCAAUUAGUUUAAUUCUAAGUAGUCAAGAUGCUACAACUUGGUGCUUUUUGUCGAGUAACAAUCAAAUUAAUGUUCAAGGCUCAUGUUCUUACCUGAGGUGCCGAUGGCAAGUGAGUGAUAUUUGUGGUACAUGGACACUUUGAAUUGAUCCAGAAAAUAUAUCACGAAAAAUAAUUCUUUCAGACCUGUAGACGUAUAAAAGCUUUUGACUAUUUAUGGACAAAAAAAGAAAAGAAAAUUCCUAAUCACUAUGCCGAAUGGAAUUGCUUUAACUCAAGUAAAGAUCAUUCACAGGUUUACACAAUCCGAUAAAUAUAUGCUAAUCUGUUUAUACGUUAAUCUAAAACAUGUUUUAGUUAAGAGAUGAAAUGUAUGAAACUCAUGUAAAGUUCCAUUUACUUCUAUCAGUAAUGUGAUGAUCACACUUUUUGAUGUAAUGUCAGUAGCUGAGUAUGGAUAUAUAUAUUGCUUCUUUAUGUUGCAUUAUGAAUUGUUUAUCCCAUCCAAGUCUUCUAGCAGCUCUGGAGUGUAGGAGACGUCGAUAAGGGGAACGAAUCACUGCUCUCCAUGGGAGACUUAGGGUUUAUUCGGAAUAACCUAAAAACUCUCGCAUUCCGUUGGGUGUUUUUGGGUUGAUUAUGUUUUCUUUUUUCUCUUCUGGGGGAAAUAUUGAGUGAGAAAAUGCUAUGUCAGUAAUGAAGGGUGAUUCUACCAUUUGUUGACUCUACACCGUUUUGGUGUGGAUCAUUGUUCUUGCAUAUUUCUGAGAUUUGAUUGUACUCACACAUGUAUUUUCCUUUAUGCUUUAGUACGGUGUAUUGCAAAUUUACUUUCCCUUUUUUUUGUUUCCUGCUUUCAUCAUGAGUGAGUGUUCAGUGGCUGCUCUACCCUUGGUUGUGAAAGUUGCACAGAUCACCUUUGAUGUAGCAAAAUAGACCAAACCAAAGAUGAAUAUAAUACAUUGAAUUGAAUAAACUGCUAUGACCAAAAGGCAGGUCUAUUAAUGAACGAAAAAAUUUCUAUGCCUAUUCUUAUAGUCUGUGCACUCAUUACGAUGAUCGCCAUGAAAAUAUUGUUUAUUGAAUUGAGUGGACGGGAUAAUAGCCAGAACUGAGUGGAAAAUAUUGCCCCUUUAUGAGUUCUCACUGGAAACUUACUUUCUUCAAUAUUUCUCAAUCUUCUGAUUAGAUAAUAUUUUUAAUCUGCUUGGAUAUUAAAAAUUAUUUAUAAACUUCUUAACAGCAUUAAGGCUAUUGUUUAUUGAAUUGCAUCUCGAUAUUUUGAUGAUUUUUUAGGACUCGGUAUUACUAAGCAUGUGACAUAACUCGAUGCAUCUCAUUAGCUCUUGUUAAGAUGCCGUAUGAUUUCUUUGACAUUUUUUAUUUGGUAGAUGAAAAGAAAGUUUCUUGUAAAAUAUUUCUUUUAGUUGCUUUCAGAUUACAGUAUUAGCUCUGAACUGCUAUUUUCUUCAGGCUGAUCCUCGGUUUCUUUGGAACAAUUACAUGCUGGAAACUCUCAUAGAUAAUAAGGUAGGUCUUUCCUAGAAACAGUGUCCUUUUUAGAUAUCAGUUGAAAUCUUUAAUCUUUUAUGCCUAAAACUGGUGACACUGACCCUAUUUUGUCGUUUUUUCAGCUGGAACCAUUCUUGCUUCCAGUCGUCCAGGGGAGUAUCCUCAAAAUUUGCUUCCAUCUCACAGCAUGUGUGACACUUCGGACUUUACCUAUGCGAAUACUUUCCAAUGUGAACAGUUUUCUUCUUUCCAUUGUAUGUUAUCCCUUAACUAUCCUCAGGCUAUCAGAAUUUUCGAUCAGAUGUUGGAAAAAGCAAAAUCGAUGUCACAUUGAUUGCACGGAGGUGCACAAGGAGAACAGGUAAUUUUCCCGUUUUAGGUUCCUAGCCUUUUGAUUGUAUCCGUUAAUGAAACAUUACCGUCGUUAUUCUGCCGUUACAAAACACAGUAGUGUGUUGCACAAGUGAGGUUUGACUUGCUAGAGAGAUUGCAUUAUGAUGUUGUACUGUGGUUCUUAGUUUCUCUUUCUAGUCUUUCUAGCCCAUCUAUCUGCUUUGAUGUAAAAUUGCAGUACCUCAUUUUACUAGGCAUCAGGAAUCUUAUUAGUGUUAAUAUACUCAUUUUGAUUACCUGUUAGGAAUCUUGCAGUACCUCGUUUUGAUCUAUCGUGUAAAAGAUGUUCUUGUUAUCUGAUAAAGUUACUGCGUCUUCUUAUUUUGCCUGAGGUUGACCUCUAUCAAUGGAUCGACUGAUUAUGGAAUAUUUUUCUUUUUGGCGAAGGCUUUUUGCAAGUUUAUAUGUAAACAAAGUGAGAAAUUUAAUUUUAUUCUAGCCACCUAUGAAUUGUUUUGUUAGUUGGAACCUGAAAUUUGUCAGAAAUGUGUGAAACAGGCUCUUGUUCCUCGUGUCUUUUGAUUAAAUAUGCUCUAAUUAGAACAGAAAAAGAUUGUUUUUUUUUCAAAGCCCAGUUCUAAAGUGUACACGGUGCUGAGAAGUGUUCAUCUGAACAGCAAUGUACAUCAAUGGUGGAACAUAAUUGCACACUCCUGCAUACUAUUUAAAAAUAUUUGGUAUCAAAACCACAAUGAGAACUGUUAUUAGCUAACAGACAAACAUCUCGAAGAAUUUAAAAUUUUUACGUUUGAAAGCCACAUUUCUUAACCUAGGUGCACAAUGAAGCCCUUGCUAAAAGUAAGAGGAUCUUAUUUAUGUUUUCAGAUGAGAUGGGUCAUGACUGGUGGACUAUGAGAUGAAACAUAUUUCUUUUUUGUUUAAUUGUGCCCUUUAUAUUGUUAGAACAUUCGAAUAAAACCAUUUUUUGAGGGUUCCCUUAAUAAAAAUGCGCAGUAGCGUCUACUUUUGACACUCUAAGCCUUAAAGAAAAGAUUUUCUGCGAACUGGUUAAAUAAGUAGAGUUCAGAUUUUUUUUCUAUUGGUAAACCAACUCGAGUUCAAGCUAUUUAAUGAUAGGUACCCGCAUGUGGAGACGAGGAGCUGAUUCAGAAGGCUAUGCUGCUAAUUUUGUGGAAACUGAGCAGAUUUUACAAUCAAAGGGCUUCACAGCAUCAUAUGUUCAAGUUAGUUUCCAUCUGUAGCUGUUACAUCUGUCUCAAUGGUGUUAUUUAGCUUGUAGGUUAUGCCAUCUACUUGUUCUGUUCCUAAAUAGCUUGUUGCCUUCUAACUUACCUUCCAUGGAGUUGAAUUUGGGCGCCUCUGCACAGGGGUCUGCGUCUAAAUUAUUCUUCCUGAUACAUGGAAUAUCUAGUGUCUAUGUUGUUAUUUUUCUCUCAUAGUGGCACUUCUGUUUUAGGCAUGCCAGUAUUUUUGUCCUCAUUUUCUUUCUGUUGCCUUUUGUCGUGACAUGGACCAAAAUUUAAUUAGUAAACCAAAUUUACGUGAUGUGUUCCAUAAAUGUUCUCGUGUGGAUUGUUUAGCACCCUUAAGUCCGCUUUAUUUUUGGGAUAUGCCAGUGUUUAGAUUCCAUGCGAAAUUUAGGAAAAUCUUUCUGCUUCUGUUGGUCAGGUCCGAGGAUCUAUACCAUUUUUAUGGGAGCAAAUUGUGGAUCUGACGUACAAGCCAGGAUUUGAAAUUGUGAGACCUGAGGAGGCAGUGAGUAUCCUCACGAAAUUUCGUCUCUGAGCUAGGAAAUCAUCUUUUACUUUUUCUAUCCAUGAUGAGCGCCAGUGUAUUAUGGUUUUUUGUUUCAGCCAAGAAUUGUAGAGCGGCACUUUAUGGAUUUAAGGAAGCGUUAUGGCUCUGUUUUAGCUGUCGACCUCAUCAACAAGGUACAACUUGGAUAAUGCGUAGAAAAAUUAAUGCUUAACUUACCACUGUGCACCUUUCAAAUCAAAGGUUUGUAAAUUGCAUUGUCCAUUCUCAUUAAUCAUCCUCAUGCUUUCACUAACUCACAUUAGCUCUUUUGCUGAUGGAUAAUGGUUAAUGCGCUUGCAUUUCUACCGCUCUAAUCAGUAGGUUCGGCUCAUGUUUUAGCUCUUGCUGAUCCCCAUCUUAUCCUAUCCAAUUCUCAUCUAUCAAAAGCUUGGAGCUAGAUAACUGAUGGUCAAUUCGGUCUGGUGCGGAAGCCAACAAGCAUUUUAGUUUUUGCAAUCCUUGUUUUACUUACCACUGAGAUAUUUAGAAUCUGUCAGCACAGAAACGAUAUCUACUAGGAAAGCUAACUCGACAUUUUUUAAGUUUAACUUUUCAACUAUCCUUCUUUCAAUCUUUGGUGUUUUGAUAUUAGUUUGAAUUGGAUCCCAGUAAAACUGGAAUUCUGUAAGUGCACGCAAGGACUCAUUAGGGGGCGUUUCGUUGUUUCACUCUGUUCACAGAUUUAUCAAGUCAUUGAAAUCACAUCACCGUCGAGACUUCCCCCUCCCCUCCCCUUCUCUCUCUCUCUCUCUCUCUCGCUCGCUCGCUCGCUCUCUCUCGUUUUCGAUUCUUAGUUAUCUGUGAGCUGAUCUUUGCCUAGAUUUGGUUUCUUCGUGUUUUUCAUAGUUGCUGGACAUGUCUUUGUUGACAUGGGUCUUCAGAAUGGAAUUUACAGCGAGUUAUGUCUUUAUUCUAAAAGUCCAAAAAAUUAACCAAUUAAUACACUUAGGAAAUGAGAUGAAUGUCAUAUCUUCUGAUUAUUGCUCUUUCGUCAAUCUAAGGCUUCCAUUUUCUUCCCCGUGUAUAGUUAGCUUUUUGCGUGCAGAAAUGCGUGAAUAAAUGCAAUUUUUAUUCAUGGCUGGUUAUUCUUGUUUUACGUUUGAAGGGAGUGGAUGUUGUGGGUGUUAAUGGAAGAGGAUGUUGGAGUUCAACUGCAGUAGUAGAUGCCUUGCUUCAGUCUGGUUACAUGUCUGGUGUUAAUGAUGGAUGAAGUGCACGCUUGACAAUGUUUUAUAUACUAUCUGCUCCAUUGAAAGUUAAUGUUUGCUGGUUAUCAAUCUUUUUGGUUGCUCAUAUGUAACAGGUUAAUUGUCAUGAUCACAUUCAUGUUCAGAAUCAAUAUUGUCUCGUGGGGUUCAACUCUGGUUGGCAACCUUGUUGAUCUAGUAAAUGAGUCAACUAGAAUACAUGGGGGUCGCUGAAAUUGACAGGAAUCCACCAGAACUGUGCAAAUGUUCCAACACAAAUUCAAAAUGAUUCUUUCAGUGCAUACAUUCAAAUUAUGAUUGAGAUGAGAGGAAUGCGUGUGUCAGAUUCGAGGACUGAUUCUGAUGCCAACUGCAAUUCUGAAAGUUUUGCUACUCUUAUAUAGUAAAACAUUAUCCAUAGAACAUGUUCCACUAUCACUCAUGCUUGUCAUGCGUGCUUUAUGUGAUUGUUUCCAACUUUCUUAAUUUUCUGUGUAUGUCGCAGCAUGGAAGUGAAGGACGCUUGAAUGAAAAAUAUGCAAGUUCUAUGGAGCAGAUUAUCAGUGAAGAAACACGGUAAAAUCUAGUUUGUUGCCAUCAACUUAGUUAAAUGCAUUGCACUCUCCUAAAGUCUAAUUUAUACUAUUAUUUUCAGAUAUGUUCACUUUGACUUCCAUAGUAUUUGCGGCCAUGCUCAUUUUGAGAGGCUCUCUCUACUUUAUGAUCAGAUUGAGGACUACAUGGAGAAACAAGGGUACAAUCUUCAAUUCUCUUUUUACAUCAUGGAUGGAUUGUUAUGAAUAUAAUUUUACCUUCUGUUUACAGUACUAUUCUGUCUGUACUCUUUUAAUUCUCUUGACAUCAUUUUUGAGUUUGUAGCCUCUGAUUCUUCUAUUAUUUUUGGGAUUAAUUUGAACAAGGACAGGCGUAACCUAGAGAAAAUGAUAUAAUCUUUUGAUUUUUAUUCUUUUUUGAGAGGACCAGAUACUCGAUCUCUUCUCACCUUUCUGGAAGUAUGGUGCUCACUGGUGCUGUUAGCCGGAAAAUGGCCAUAUCAUUUUUGCGAAAUUUUCAAUUAUAUGACAACCUUUAUCUGUUUCGAAAAAAUGAAUUCUAUUGAAUAGUUAAAAUGUGAGAGGAAUUCCACCGAUUGACAAUAAACGCCCAAACCCAAGAAAAUGUUUGGACAGUUUGUGAUUUGUCCUGACACAUCUCUGUCGAUAUACAAUCUUUGAACAAGGAGCCACAUUUUUUUAAUAUUCUUUCGGCAAAUGAUUUCAAAAGUGCUCACAAGUAAAGAAAGUAUAUUUCUUUGAUAAUAUUCUAGAUUCAAUGAAAUCAGAUUGACUCUGGUGUACUUGAACGACCUUUUUGUGUGAUUAUAAUUGUUCAGAUCCUAUUCUCAGCAAUUCCUGGUUAUUUUUUCGUCCUUUUGGGUUGAAUAAUAUGUUUUGUCAUCAUGGUGAUCAGAAUCAGAAUUUCAGAUCUGUCUGUCAAAGUAUCUGAUCGGAGGGUUAUUUGGAUUAAAAAUGGAACAAAAUGAUGUACUUAUAAAAUGCAUAUCCCGUAACCCUUUUAAAAUAUAAAAGAUAAGACAGAAUGCAAUAUUAAAUGAAGGACUUUUUUACCAGGUUCAGCGUUAGUUGGACUGGUCAGAUACAACUGCGAGCUGCUUCAAAGAUCAGAUUCCCCAACACCCCUCCUCCCCUCUUUUUUUUCUUCUCCCAGAACAGAAAAUAAACAGGGCAGUGCUGAUUCUUAGGACCAUGACAAGUCACUGAACCGUGGUAACCUUAACCUAGGUAUAGUUGUUCGCCAGGAAGAUCAUUAUCAUUCAGAGAACACUCGAGGUCAAAUAUGAAAAACUUAAAUGUGCAUACAGUCUCAAUAAUUCAGUACACGUGCAUGUGUGACAUCUCUGACGUCCAUUUCGCCAGUUGUGUUAUUGCGAAGACUCUGUUAACUCAACUCCAUUGUCUAUAGGUCUGUCAAGAUGUUAACUGUUUAUUUAUGCAUAGUUGAGGUAUUUAUCGAAGAGGAGUGAUUUUUGACGGUUAUGUCUUCGACAUUUCACUAGAGUUUCCUUUGUGUUUCUGUUUCUCAGUGCUAACUUGAUGGAUAUUCCAUAAUCACUUGGGUUCGUGGAGUUUCCAAUUUUUUAAUUCUUUUGUUCUAACACUGUCAUGCUGAUAAUUUACAGAUAUUUUCUGUCAGACGCAAGUGGUACAAAAAUUGAUGAACAGCUGGGAGUUAUCAGAUGUAACUGUAUAGAUUGUUUGGACAGAACAAAUGUGACCCAGGUGAUGUAGAAAUUCAGAUCCAUCGAUUCUUUUUCCAUUCAAUUGAGAGUGCUACUCGUGAGUAAUUUCCCUUGGUUUUUUAUCGGUUCCUAGUUAUCCACUACUGUAUUGGGCUUAAUUUUGAGUUUAUCCAUCAAACAUGAAUUGCUUUGGGUUUUCAUCUGUCCAGUGUAGAAAAGUAGUUGGGUGCUGGAUAUAAAGGUUUCCAAAAUAUUUGUUUCCUCAACUGGUUCCAGAAGUUAGCAAAAUAAGGCAUGUCCAGUGUAGAAAAAUGCAGAUGUACAUCUAUAUUACUUCUCUUUGUUCUCCUUAUUACUGCUAAAAUAAAGCUCGAUGAUGACAAUGAUGUAUAUCUACAACACCUCUCUUUUUUCUCCUUAUUAUUGAUAAAAUAAGCAUAAUUAGUUAAUUAUAAGCUCACGAAUGAAAAGGCAUCCACGUAGUUUGAAUGUUUUUUGGCGGAGAUCAAUCUGAGGCUACAAUUGUAGUUUGCUGCUUUCUAAGCGUCGAUUUGGUUUUCUAAUGCCCUCUCAUUGUUGCUGGCUAUUGCACUGUUCUCACUGAGGCUACAAGUAUUGUUAUGGUUUGCAGAGCAUGAUUGCAAGGAAAAUGUUGGAGAGACAACUUCGUCGAUUGGAAAUUUUCAAUGCCAGUGACACAAUUAGUGCAUAUGAAAAUUUUGAUGCGAACUUUAAAAUGUGUAAGUCUUUUGUAAUCCAAUUUAAAUAUGUUAUGGAUUUUUAUCCCAAAUUAAAAAACUGAGAGUAUGGCAUCUUACUUUUUUGUGGACGUUGCUGUUAUUUUUAUCACUUUUUAUUUCAGCAUGGGCUAACCAUGGAGAUGAGAUAAGUAUACAGUAUUCAGGUACUCCAGCACUGAAAGGAGAUUUUGUCAGGUACUCUAUCUUUGUGAAGCUUCAUGUACUGAGAUCUAUCUUUCAUCAGUUUAGUACUAAUCAUUUGGGACUUUGAGUAUGAGUAAAGCUUUAAACUGCAUAUUUAUCUGCCAUGAUCUUUGUCUUCGUUCUUCCUUACAUUUAUUUGAAUAUCAGUAGAUAUUGCUCAAGUCUAGAGGCUUACGUCGAUCUAUUUUGUAUUUUUUUAUUCGUGUUAUUCCCAACCUUUCUUCCUCCGGGAAAAAAAUGAAAUUAUCUUGAACUAAUGAAAUUUGGAUAGGGAAUCUUUAGAAAGAGUCUUGACAAGAUCUUUAAUUUUUUAAUGACUCUUACUAUGUUGGAUGAAACUCAAAUCCAUUGGCAAUUUUUUAGUACUUAUUUUUCCACUUGUUUCCCAUAAAUUUGUGAUUAUCAACUAUAUGCAUGAAACAUUUUAGCAUGAACUAAUGAAAAUUGAGAAUAAAAAGUCAUACUAUUUGGCCUUGCAAAGACAAAUCAAACUGAACCAAAUUGGAGAUGACAACAUGCGAUUGGUUUUUGUUGGAUACGAUAUUCAAUACUUGAAGAUUUUAUAUCAUAUGUGCCUCUUGUUGGAGAUAAUGCUUGAUGCCAUUUAGUAUGCUGUUUUGUUUCACACUAUUUGAAACAAAGAUGGAUCGAAUUAUUCUUUCUCUUUGGGUUUCUUAGGCAUGGAAGAAGGACUAUUCAGGGAAUCUUAAAUGAUGGAUGGAAUGCUUUAGCUAGAUAUUACUUUAACAACUUCGCUGAUGGGGCAAAGCAGGUACCUUAACUGAUGUCAACCAAUUUAUUCUGAUUCAAAAACCUUUUCCCCCACAGAUAGCCAUUUAAUGAUUGAUUCAUUUUAGUUUAUGAAUGUUCAAACUGUGUGGCAAUGAAAAAAAUCAAACCUCAAUCAAUAUUUAGAUAGCACCUAAAAGUUUGUUGUAGAGCAGCCUUUACUACAAUAUUCCCAGGCAUUCAUGUAUUAUAUAUUCUUGGGGGCUAGUUUCCGAAAAUGUUUCCAUUAUCUAUUGAAUUCUUAAUUGGGGUACUGUCUAUCUCUUCAAUAAGAACGAGUUAAUUUAUCCUAACCUUUUUUUAGUAAGGUUUGUUAUCUACUUCCAAAUUUAAGCAUCAAUUGUCUUGUUUUGAGUACUGAUUUUGCAACUAGGAAGACAUUUUCAAUUUGCUUUGAUUGUGAUGCCUAUCAUUAUCCAAAUAUGUUUAAAUUUAAAUUGAGCCUCAAGUCUUAGCUACAUCUAGGCUACCAGAUUCCGUGGGAUAAGAAAAAAAAAAUACAUCUGACCUACCGGAUUCAAAUUGUACCCGCAAAGUGGACCAGGCUUAGGUUGUUACAGAUACAAGAGGGCGAAAACUAAAGGCAGAUAUCGCUAGGAAGAGCUACUUAUGAGCAUUUUUUAGGCCGGUUGGCAACAUUCAAUGUCUCAUUCUGAUCUUCUUAUGAGGGAAAUUGGUGAGGCGAGCCUAGGACAACAUAUGGGGUUUCCUGCGCUAAGUUCCGAUCUCCAGCCAUCCGAGUAUCCACAUCAAGUUCCAUUGCUAUUCAUCUCUUCCCCCUACAACCAGGUGUUCUCUCCUGCUUUCGUGUCUUCUUCCUUUCUGUUGCGGGGAGGCUCUUUUCAUCCCCCAAGGACUGCUUCCUAGAUGAAUGAGGUCUAAGGUUUUAGCUCCUAAUGCUACUCCUAUUGCUGUUGUUACUGCUGUUUGGAAUUGGCAUCUUUUCUCAGAGGGGCCAUUUCUUUCAGGAAGGUUUUUCAAUUAAAUGAAUGUGCUUGUGUCCUCAUCUAUUUUCGUGGGAGUGUGGAACUAACUGAAUUUUAUUCUUGUCACUCACUCUAGUUAUAGCCUUCUUAUGUUUGAAUGUAACUCACAAUGCUUUCAUUUUGUGGAUAAAGGAUGCGAUUGAUCUACUACAUGGGCACUACAUUGUUGCUGUGAACCGAGAUAUGUCACUUCCAUUGCAAAAGAGAGGAUUAGAGUCUCUAACUGUGAGUCCCCCUUUUCUGUCAAAGUUCAAUUCAAAUAUUAUGCAAAUUUCUUGUCGUGUUGACAUUCUGAACAUUUUAUGGCUAUUUCCAAAAUUGAGAUUUUACUCGUUUCCUCGAAAAUCAUAUCCGGGAAUGGGAAAUAGUACCCUCAACGUAGUGUUUAGCAGCUGUAACUGCAUUCGGAUAGCCAAUUAACUGACCCAUGUCAAUGGCAAAAUAGAGUGAAGCUACCUGCAUCAAGUCUUAUAUUCCUCAUGAGAUUAUUGGUUGGUAGCUUUAUUGCUUUCAAUUAUGUUUAAACUCUUGUACUCAACGGUUAAAAGGAGGAAAUUCAGAGCUAACAAAAUGCUUAGUACAUAGAUCUGACCCAACAGAAAAAAUGAGAAGAUUACCAUGAGGCUGACUGUAGGCGAUGGUGCCUACGCACUGGUGGACAACAACUAAAUGGGGUUGCAGAAGAUGGUGACAGAUGAGUGCUUAUAAUAGUGAAUGAUGAUCACAGCUUUUGAUUAGGAUUGAGUGAUUAUAUAACGGGCGACAGUUACAAAUAUAGAUGAUGAUCAUGGAGUGCCUGUGAUGUUGAGUUACAAUUACAAUGAUAAGUGAUGAUGUUAACAUGCCUUUGAUGGUGGGAGAAAUAGUAGAUAGCACAUGAUUGUGAAGGGUGCGCGUUGUUGGGUGGUAUGAUCAUGAUAAUGACAAGCAUCAAUGCUUUUAAUUAAUCUGAAGUUGUUGGUGGCGUUAAUGGGUGAUAAUGAUAUUUAAUGUAACAAUGAACAACCAUUGUAAUAGCUGGUGGGAUUAAAAAGUGGACAGCCGCAGAAUAGUAUGAUUGUGUAGUUGGGGGGGAUGGUGGUGGUGAUAGUUGUUGAUAAUUAUGGCUGGAGUUGCUGUAGUUAGUGAUAAGUUGUUGAGUAAAAUAUCACUGAGAUGGUGGGUUCGACCUGCGUUAAAUAUUUAAUGAGUUAAAAGAUAUCUUCAUAGCCAAUCAUGAAAAGAUUAUGGAGCCACAACAGAAUAAUAUCUCCAUAUUACAUCUCCUUAAUGUUGCUUUAUAUCUCCAUAAAUAUUUCAUGAAUUAUCUCACUUGAAGGGCAGAUAUGCUACGUUUUAUUGUGAAGGAAACUCUUUGCUGAAACAUAGGCAUUAUCAUUUAAUGUCUGCUCCCUUUAAUUUUUUUCCAUUAUGGAAUCCUUGAUCUGAUGGAUCAAAUUUCGUACUUGGCUGAGCGACAAGCAUCAAACUUUUCUUGUUUUGACCAGAAAACUAAGGCCGAAGUUACGGCCUUUCAUAUGUGCACAUAUUAUAAUCGAAUGCAUCAAAAUUUCGUGUCUGCAAGUUAUUCUGCUUGAAUGGAAAGUAUAAAAAGGCACCUUAUUUUUUCUCUAUGUGCAGUCAUUUCCAUUGGCCUCAGCAUUGGUUUUGGCUGGAGUUGUAUUUGCUUCAAUCUCAUUGAGACAAGGUGAGAUAAUUGUGACGUAAUGUUUCUGAACGAUUCAAUUGAGAUAAACCAUGCGUUAUGGAUUUACUUCGCUACUUCUAGCGAUAGCUCUUUAUUGAUUGCUUUGUUGGGGAAAAUCGAUUUUUGUUGUUCUCAAUUAUCUCCGCAUUUGGAAUAUUAUUUGCAUAUAGCCAUUUCAGAUACAUCGAUAUUUUUCCAACGUUUUUAUGAGGAAAAUUAGGACGAGUAGUUUUUUUGAAAUGCCAUAUUUGGCGGAUUUUCCUUCCCUUUUCGUCCGUAUUUGGAAUGCUACCCUUAUUUUACAGGAUAAUGAUCUGUGAUGAUGACAGGAGUUUCAAUUUUCAUCCAUGCUAAAUACAGAUGAAGAUGUAUUUAUCAGCUCUGACUAAUUGUGUCUUGCUAUAUUCAUUCCCAAAGCUCCAGGAUGCGAGUCUCGUUCACCAACAAAACCUAUAGUCUUUUCAAUCAUCAAAAGUCGUAUCCCACAAACUUCUAUCUGAUUAUCGUGCAUAAAUUUCCUUCUUCUGACAGUCAACUCCAGGACCUUUUGAAGAUACUCACGGGUACAAACCUGGGUUCUAGAUCGCUUUAUGAAUGGUUGUUUCAGAGGACAGUUUGGACAUUUGUCAAAGCCUCAGUGUUGUCCAUUCUGACUGUAGAUGACCAGGGUUCCUUCUCUAGUCUCCACCACUUACUACUGCCAAGUUUCUGUCAUCUCGGCAUCAAUGUUGGUAUGUCUAGGAGUUAGUCCAGGCUUUGAUGACUGAAAUAUACAACCACCUGCUAGCCUAUGCACUUCACACGUUGACCUUUUUGCACUGUCAUAUACAACGAUGGGCAUUCUAUUUCUACACCCACCAUCAUUAGAGACGGAGAGGACUAUCUAUUCCUUUACUAGGCCAGUAAAGUGGCUUGAUGAACUCAUUAGUGAUGCCGUUAGAAUCCGAACGUGAAUCGCAGUGCCCUUACCCAUUCCUGCUAGUAUUUUCCCAGGAGACCAUGUGCUCGGACCCCACAUUACUACUAAACGAGCGACUUUCAACCUAGCUUUCCCAAAAAGGUGACAUUCUUGAUGACGCCUUUCCUUGGUAUUGUGGUAGAUAAUACACAGAAUCUCUCUCUCUCUCUCUCUCUCUCUCUCUCGAUGAAAGUAUGUCGAGGGAAUUCCUUUUCCCCCAGAGCUUUCAAGAUAUGCAUCGCAUGAAUCACCUCAUCCGCUGAAUCUUAUUUAAUUUUGCCAUGGCCCAAGUAUUACAUCUUCAGUUAAACAAUACUUCAUAUUUUUUCGUAAUUCUUCUCCACUGCAUGCUCGCUCACAACUCCUAACUAUGAGCCUUGCCUUGCCUUGUCUUGCAGCACGCCACGACAUUAGCCAUUUAUUAUUUUCCGUCGCCUGGACGGGCGUUAGCUUGGGCGUUAUGGCUUUUGUUAGAGCUAAUGGCCGGCUGUUCACCAAUCGCCCCCGUCUUCUUCAACGCCGCGUUUGA